AUAGAGACCGCAAUUCAGUGCCUUUUCAUACGAGUAAUGCGUGUAUUGAGUGACGAGUCGUAUAUUGAAAGGUCUCUCAUGUGUGCACUCAAUGUCGAGUCAAUGAAAGCAAUUGUUAUGAAAUCAGAACUCGAUUUAUAAACAAAUCUAUCGUUUCGUUAAAUUGUAUGACAAAUGGCUUUCAAUUAUAUAAAAUGCGUUCAAAACCACAAAUCAAUUGAAGUGAUGAGACAUUUGCGGCCAUUUGUGAGCAAACGGUUUCUCUCGACCGACAAACUGACGACUGAUGUGAAGACAUUUGACCACAAGAUUGAGACACAAAUGAAAGAGAAAGUGUUGGACAAAAUGACUCACACGGGACAGACAUUCACCGCCGAUGACUACCGUUUGACCCGUUUUCUCGGCAAAAGUAAAGAGAUUAAUCCGCGGUUUGCCAUCGAUUUGAUAGCAGAGACGCCGCCGAUCGCAGCCAAAGACCAUUGGAUCAGUUGCGACGGCGGCGGCGGACCGUUGGGUCAC